UUAAGCAAUUAAGCAUGAUGAGUGGUGCUUUGCAUUCCAUAAUCACAGCUUUCUUCCUAACUUUUUCUGUGUCCAUUUAUCUUCUUUGGAAACUCGUUAGAUUGGUUGACAGAGCAUGGUGGACCCCGCGCAGAUUACGUAAAGUAAUGAGGUCACAAGGCAUCAUAGGCCCCCCUUACAGCUUCCCUCAUGGCAACACAAAACAAAUCUCCAACAUGAGGAGCCAAAGCAUGGGAAAGCCCAUGUUUGAUAUAUCUCAUCACAUUUUUGCAAGAAUCCAGCCUCAUGUCCACACUUGGAAAGAGAUUUAUGGUAAUACAUUUCUAACCUGGCAUGGUACAAAGCCUUACUUAUUCAUUACUGAACCUGAGCUAAUCAAAGAAGUACUGGCCAACAAAGAAGGUGCAUAUCCCAAAAUGGACCUCGACGACUUUGCAAAGAAGCUCCUAGGAGAGGCACUUAUAACAAACGAGGGUGAAAAAUGGGCCAAAGUUAGGAAACUCGCCAACCACACCUUCCAUGCUGAGAGCUUGAAAAGAAUGGUACCAGAAAUGAUUGCUAGCGUUGAAGUGAUGUUGGAGAGGUGGAAAGAAUUGGAAGGAAAAGAGUUGGACGUGUUCAAAGAUUUUGGGGUGUUAACAACUGAAGUGAUAUCCAGAACAGCAUUUGGUAGCAGCUUCUUGGAAGGGAAACAUAUCUUCAAGAUGGUAUCCAAUUUAACCGCAAUAACUGUCAAAAAUGUGUACAACGUUAAGUUUCCUGGAAUCAGCAUGUUAACGAGAAGUAGCGAUGAAAUUGAAGCAGAGAAGCUAGAAAGAGGAAUCAAGGGUGCCAUCCUAGAGCUAGUGAGGAAGAGGGAGAAAGAGAGCAAUGGAGUUGUUGAAAAUUAUGGUAACGAUUACCUAGGACAGCUUAUGAAGAUUACUACUGGUGGCUCCGACAUAAGCAAGAACAUCAGCCUGGAUCAAAUGAUCGACGAAAUUAAGGCUUUGUAUGGUGCUGGACAUCUCACAACCACUUCUUUGCUUGGAUGGUGCAUUUUCCUGCUGGCACUCCACACUGAAUGGCAAGAAAAAGCUCGAAGGGAGAUUUUAGAGCUGUUUGGGCAUGAGAAUCCAACGUCUGAUGGUAUUGCAAGAUUAAGAACGAUGAACAUGAUACUAAAUGAAUGCAUGAGACUAUAUCCUCCGGUGAUCACAGUGACAAGAAAAGUUGAAAGGGAAGUGAAACUAGGCAAUCUAACCAUACCAGCUGAUAUCACCAUUUUCAUGCCCAUAUUAGCACUGCACCAUGACCCCCAAAUAUGGGGACAAGAUGUUCAUGUCUUCAACCCACACAGAUUCGCACAAGGCGUAGCUAAAGCCACCAACAACAAUGCCGCCGCCUUCUUCCCAUUUGGGAUGGGGCCUAGAACCUGCGUUGGCCUAAACUUCACCACUAAUGAAGCCAAGAUCGCCCUCUCCAUGAUCCUGCAACGUUACAAGUUCACUUUGUCGCCAAAUUACGUGCAUUACCCUGCUGAUAUCUUCAUCCUCACCCCCAAAAAUGGAGUUCAGGUUAUCCUGCAGAAUGUUUGAUUGUUAAGUUGCCCGUACGGACUUAGCUUACUGGUUAGGAAUUAUUUGAAAAAAGAAAUAAAGGUUCAAAGCUUGGCAGCAGCACUAGUGUAGAGAUUAUGCCCAAAGUGAGUAGAUCCUUGUGUGCACUAGUAUUUGACCAUGUGUGCUGAACUAUUGAGUUAUCGUAAUUUAUAUCCUCUCACAUGUUCUGUCGGGUCAGUGUAGGGAUUCAACCUAGCUUUUGGGAGAAGAAUAUUUGAUUGUUGUGUGUAGUUGGAAAGAUUAGAAUGUAUGUGCAUAAAUAAAGUCAUAAACUUUCAAUAAAUAAGUCUGCAUUUAGAAAAUCUAGAACUAUGCGUAUUGCGACUACUAACAAAGCAAAAUUAUUUGUGAAAUUAUUUUAAGUUAAUCGGCCAGGUGAGUUAUGCU